AUGUCUGCUUUGCAAAAACAAACCCAGUCAUUACAAGAAUUGAACCCGGAGAAGGAAAGCUGGAAUAUUGUUGCAAGAGUGGUAAGAUUAUGGUUUGUAGAAGAUUACACAAAAGGAAAAUCUCCAUUUUCCAUGGAGAUUGUUCUUCAAGACAAAGAGGGUGUCCUAAUCCAUGCGUCUGUUAGAUGCACACUGAUAUACAAAUUCCAAUCUGAAAUCAAAGAGGAUAAGGUUUACUCCAUUCAGUCUUUUAGUGUUUCAUGUAAUGGUGGUUCUUAUAGAACUACAAAUCAUGCCUAUAAGAUCAACUUCCAAUUUGGAACCAAGGUCAAUUUGGUAGAAUCUACCUUAGUUCCCAAUAUUAGUACUGCAUACACCCCUUUUUCAACCAUCCAAGCACCUGGUUUUGACAUAGAUUACUUAGUUAAUGUCAUUGGAAUGUUUACUGGUGUUGGAACAGAGAGAGAGUUAGAGAAAGGUGGUAAGAAGACCAACAUGAAUGUCAUCCUUAUUGAAUCUGAUGGUUAUCGAUUGGAGUGUACUUUAUUUGGUCAAUAUGUUGAUAUGUUAAAUGCAUUUCUUGCGUUUGGAGAGGAUCAAUAUGCUGUCAUUGCUUUACAUUAUUGCAAAGUGAAGAUCUUCCAAGAUAAAGUUUCUAUUCAAAACUGUAUGAACUGUAUGAGGAUAAUUUUUAACUGUGAUGGUGAAGAUGCUACCAAGUUGAAGAAAAUGGUGUGGGAUAGUACUGAAUCUCCUUCUCAACCUCUUACCCAACUUGGUCAGUCUUCAAAAGUUAGCUUAGAAGAAGAUUUCAUUAAGCUGCAUCCUAGAUGCUCAAUUGAAGAUCUCAAAGAUUUUGAACAGGAAAGUACUUUUGUAGUGAAGGCUACUAUCAAACAUGUUCUAGAUCAUGAUGAUUGGUGGUACACAGCAUGUAUCUGCAACAAAGCUGUUUAUCCUGACUCCAAAAUGUUUAAACUUAGACUUCGUGUAAUUGAUGCUACUGAUUCUACAACUUUUGUUGUAUUUGAUCGUGAUGCAAGUGCAAUGUUGAAGAAAUCAUGCUCUGAUAUUCUUGACUUACAAGACAAGAACACUGUUGCUGGUAACUUGCCUAAAGAGUUUGAAGUCCUCAUUGAUAAGACCUAUGUGUUCAAAGUUGAGUGCAAGAAUGAUUAUAAUAGCAAAUUUGAGCAAUCAUUUAGAGUUAAAAAAGUCUGCAUGGAUGAAAAAAUCAUUGAAAGCUUUAGUGAUGUUGAACUUAAGUCUUUGGAUGUAUACUCUGCAAAUGAAGAAGAAAGUAAACUUAAGCAGAUUACAAAUGAGAUUGCACCUGAUACCAUUGCAGAGGAUUUGCUGCUCAAAUUCACUGAAGAAUCAAAUGAUGUUGAGCCUGUAAGUGAUCAUUUGAACACUAUAGAAUCAAGCCCUGUUUCUACAGAGGAAGCUUUGGUCAAUCAACCUUUAAUUGAUGUUGAAAAUGAUGACUUAACCCAUAAAGAAUCAUCUCAUCUGGAGAAUCUUAGCUUUGAUUUGGCUACCAAAGCACGUGUCCCGGCAAUUAAAAGGCAGAAUCAAUAUGCGGCUCAAGAAAACAAGAAGAUCCCAGUGAAGAUGUUGAAGAAGAACAUCAAGAUUGAAAAGUGA